AUGGUUGAAGUUGGCUUUGAUAGUUCACUAAAGCAUCAUCGAUAUUUACUACUAUGCCUCAUGAUGACUUCAGCCGAUCUGUCGGAUCAGACGAAAGACUUCAGAAAUAGCAAAGCAAUAGCUGAAAACAUUUAUAAGGAAUUUUUCUCGCAAGGAGAUCUAGAAAAGCAGAUGGGAAAUUGUCCGCUGGAAAUGAUGGAUCGAGAUCGUGCAUGCGUGCCUAAACUACAGCUUGAAUUCAUGGAUACAAUUGCAGUACCUGUUUUUGAGCAAGCUCGUUUAAUAACUUGUGCGCAUUGUUGCAGAUACUUGUCAACGUUGUUACCCGAAAGCAAAAGUACAUAUGAAUCGAUGUUAUUCAAUCGGAAAUGUUGGUUAGCGCUGGACGAGAUACUGAUUGAGGAGAAGUACCCAACUCUUGGUCUUGAUUAUCUCAAAGAUAGUGCUUUAGAGAAGCGAGUAAUCAAACGAGCCCAACAACGACAGGAAGAGUAA